UGAAUAUGAGGUGACCUCAAGAACUGCAAGGAAGAUGAGGGGGACUGUAUAUGUUGUUGAGGGGGUGGUGCUUUCUCGAGGCAGGAGGGGAGGCGGGAAGAGGAGAGAGGCUGUGAGCAUCGCUUCUCUAUUCACUGACGCCACUCAGGGACAGGUAUGCAUGAACUCUGCUUUUCUCCUACCGCGCCAACGAUGCCUGAGCGUCUCUGAGACGAUGCUAAGAGCGGAGGGGGCGGCCGCCUCCUCUCUCGCUUUGCUGCUGCUGCUGUUGCCGCUGCUGCACUGUUGCCACCUGUGCCACUCGCUGCGGGUUCCUAACCUUUCCUCCUAUGCAAAAGCUGAAGACAAGCUCUUCAAGUACCUCUUUGGGAACUACCAGAAAUGGGUCCGCCCGGUGGAAUAUCUAAACCAGACCAUUUACGUCAAGUUUGGACUGGCCAUCUCCCAGCUCGUCGAUGUGGAUGAGAAGAACCAACUAAUGACCACCAAUGUGUGGAUGAAACAGGAGUGGACUGACAUGAAGUUAAGAUGGGACCCCGACGACUACCAGGGCAUCACCACUAUACGAGUGCCCUCUGACAGGCUCUGGCUCCCAGACGUCGUGCUUUAUGAUAAUUCAGACGGUCGUUUCGAGGGCACGGUCACCAAGGCAGUAGUCAAAUACGAUGGGACCAUAUUGUGGACACCGCCUGCCAACUACAAAUCUGCCUGCACCAUCGACGUCACCUUCUUCCCAUUUGACCUGCAGAACUGCUCCAUGAAAUUUGGCUCGUGGACUUACGAUGGCUCCCAGGUCGACAUCAUUCUGGAGGACUUCCACGUAGACAGGCAGGACUAUUUUGACAACGGCGAGUGGGAAAUUGUGACGGCCACAGGCAGCCGCGGUCUAAGAGUGGACGCCGGCGUCUCCUAUCCCACCAUCACGUACUUCUUCAUCAUCCGCCGGCUGCCACUCUUCUACACGCUCUUCCUCAUCAUCCCCUGCAUCGGCCUAUCUUUCCUCACAAUCCUCGUCUUCUACCUGCCGUCCAACUGCGGCGAAAAGAUCUCCCUCUGCACCUCGGUGCUGGUGUCUCUUACCGUCUUCCUUCUGGUCAUCGAGGAGAUCAUCCCCUCCUCGUCCAAGGCCAUCCCUCUCAUCGGCGAGUAUCUGGUCUUCACCAUGAUCUUCGUCACGCUCUCCAUUGUUAUCACCGUCUUCGCCAUUAACGUGCACCAUCGCUCGUCAUCCACGCAUCACGGCAUGGCGCCGUGGGUGCGCAGGGUCUUCCUGCAUCGGCUCCCCAAGCUGCUGUGCAUGCGCAGCCACGUGGACCGCUACGGCACGGCGGGAGCAGCACCGACGGGACGGGUGCCGGGAUUGGGGAUGAUGAAGGACUAUCCCGCUGAGCACGGCCUCUCCCACACCAGACUCAACAUCCAAGCUGCGCUGGAUUCCAUCCGCUACAUAACCAUGCAUGUGGUCAAAGAAAAUGAGGUCAGAGAGGUGGUACAGGACUGGAAAUUUGUUGCCCAGGUUCUGGAUCGAAUCUUUCUCUGGGCAUUCCUGCUGGUGUCCGUCCUGGGCUCAGCUCUCCUCUUCAUCCCGGUUAUCUACAAAUGGGCCAGCAUUAUCGUUCCCAAACAUAUUGGAGGUGUCCUCUGAAGGUUGAGGAACAUGAAGGUGAGGCACAUCUAGAUUUGAUUAUGUUUUGCAACACAUUUCUGGACUACUAACUACUACUGUAUAUUUUUAAAAUACGUGAUGUGGAAAUCAAAAAACAUGUAAUUACCGGGGGAGCCGCCAGAGGGUCAGAGAAUUUGAUGGCCACUCCACAGCCACUAGCCACAAUGGCUGCGUCAAUUAUGCUUUUCAUACCAAAUGCCAAUUUCAAACCAGCUGGUUUGUUUACAAUACAUUUAAACUUUAUAACUUUAUUUAUUUGUUACACAUUAAAACAAAUUGCUGUGGAACUCAAAGUGUUAACUGCAGUGUUAUUUUCUGCACAUGAAAUCAUUUGUAAUAUUAAAUAUAAAACAAGAAACCAAAGUACCGUAAUUUUCGGACUAUAAGUCGUGUUUUUUUUCAUAGUUUGGGGGGGGGCGACUUAUACUCAGGAGCGACUUAUAUACAUAUCUAUGUUGUUUUUUUUCACUUUUUUGGGCAUUUUAUGGCUGGUGCGACU